AUUAUCACAACAGGCAACAAUGGAAGGUCCCUGCCGGGCUCCUAUACAGUUUCAAAUCCAAGGAACAUUACAAGCUCCAAAAGACCGGAGCCAACUCGAUGAAUCUUGGGUUUACUUUAGGAACAUCAACAUGCUUACCUUGACCGGAGGUGGAACUUUCGACGGGCAAGGAGAGCUUUCUUGGAUGGACUCUACCCCCGUCGAUAUUAGUUUCAAAACCGUUAACAAUUCCAUCAUUAGUGGCCUAACUUUCAUGGAUAGUGCAAAGUUCCACAUUAAAGUUCAUGACUCCAACAAUGUCAAAUUCCAACGGGUCACAAUCACAGCACCAGAAGAUAGUCCUAACACUGAUGGAAUCCACAUAGCUAAGUCAUCGAGGAUCACAGUCUCUGACUCCAACAUUGCAACCGGUGACGAUUGUGUUUCAACUGGUGAUGGCUCCAGCCAAAUUCUAGUGUCCAACAUCAACUGCGGACCAGGUCAUGGAAUAAGCAUAGGCAGUCUAGGAAAGUAUGAAAACGAACAACCAGUGGUUGGUAUCACGGUCAAGAACUGCACGCUUACCUGCACAACCAACGGCGCGAGAGUCAAGACAUGGCCAGACUCUCCGGGAACUAGCGUGGCUACUAAUAUACUCUCCCAAGACAUAAUCAUGGUGAAUGUGAAGAACCCUAUCCUCAUCAACCAGAACUAUUGCGACAGAGGCAAGUCUUGUGACAUACCUCAGGAGGCAGACACACCUCCCCCUCCGCCAGAGGUAGACACACCUCCUUCGGUGACAAUGAUAUAUGAGCAUCCACAUCCUCUGCCUCACCCGCCGGCAACAUUUUCAAGGGGAAACGACCGACAAUGGCGCUCCUGCAGUAAACCUUUGAAACAAGAUCAAUUGGAGUUUGAUAAAUGA